UCCGCUGCUCGGGGACCGCAUUACUUUGGCCCCCGUAAGAAAAAAACAAUGGCGUCUCUGGUGUCCCUUCAAAACACGGGAAAUUCCAUUAGCUUCUCUUCCCACUUAAAAUCUUCCAUCAAUGCCAAGCACUCUCUCGCCUUCAACGAGAAAAUCAAGCUCUUUUUUUCUCAAAACCCCAACAAACUCAAGCCUCCAUGCACCUACGCGGCAUCCCAUAACACUGAUAGCAACAGCUCUACCAGGACUUACCGCCGCCAAAGUGUCACAACUCACCGCCAAACCACGAAAAAUCGGCCGAACCCUCGUAAAUUUAACACUGAAAACCGAAACGAAAACCACCCAUCUCCUGAAAAUCCAACAUUUCAAAGUAUUACCGUGGAUUUGAUGAAGUUAUGCAAAGAAGGCAAGGUUAAGGAAGCUUUAGAUUAUAUGGGUCAAGGUGUUUUAGCGGAUUUUAAUGUUUUCGGGGCGUUACUGGAUGCUUGCGGGAAUAUGAAUUCGCUAGAAUUAGCCAGAAGAGUUAAUGAAUUUUUUAGAAGAUCAAAGUUUUCUGGUGAUAUCGAAUUGAACAACAAAUUGAUAGAUAUUUAUGGGAAAUGCGCUAGUAUAAGAGAUGCUCGCAGGGUGUUCGAUAAAAUGCGUGAGCGAAAUAUGGCUUCUUGGAAUUUGAUGAUAAAUGACUAUGCGGUGAAUGGGAAAGGAGAUGAUGGAUUGUUGUUGUUUGAGGAUAUGAGAAAAGAUGGGUUUCAGCCGGAUAGCGAAACUUUUCUGGCGGUUCUAUCGGCUUGUGCCACUGUGGCGGCUGUGGAGGAAGGAAUAAUGUACUUUGAAUUGAUGAAGAAUGAAUACAGGAUUGCUCCGGGAGUUGAACAUUAUUUAGGAGUGAUUGAUGUUUUUGGGAGAGCUGGGUAUUUGAAUGAGGCUGUGGAGUUUAUUGAGAAUAUGCCUAUUGAGCCAACGGUGGAGAUUUGGGAGGCAAUCAGGGGUUUUGCACGAAUUCAUGGAGAUAUUGACCUUGAGGAUCAUUUUGAGGAGUUGUUGCUUGGAUUUGAUCCUCCUAUGAGAAGUGAGAAUGAACACCAAGCACCACCAAGGAAGAAGCAUUCUGUGAUUAACAUGAUUGAGGAGAAGAAUAGGGUGAUUGAGUAUCGGUGUAUGAACCCUUUCAAGGGAGAAGUAAAUGAGAAGCUGAAAGGUUUGAAUGGGCAGAUGAGGGAAGCAGGGUAUGUGCCUGAUACAAGGUAUGUGCUUCAUGAUAUUGAUCAGGAGGCAAAAGAGCAGGCCUUGCAAUACCAUAGUGAGCGUUUGGCAAUUGCUUAUGGUCUUAUUAGCACUCCGGCAAGGACACCUCUUAGGAUCAUUAAGAACCUGAGAAUCUGCGGCGACUGCCACAAUGCAAUAAAAAUCAUGUCCAAGAUUGUUGGGAGAGAGUUGAUUGUGAGGGAUAACAAGCGCUUUCAUCACUUCAGGGAUGGCAAAUGCUCGUGUGGUGAUUACUGGUAAAGUUGUGGAAAAUUCUUCCUUUGAUGUUGUUUGUAAUGUUAGUUGCCGCAUCAAGGAAAAUGUAGUUGCUGACUGCAGAGUAACUCAUAAUUAUUAUUGUGGAAAGCUUUUUGGAUUGUACAUUAUGCUUGUAUUGAAAUUUAAACAUCCAUUCAAUAGCAACCUUUUGUCAUCACUGAAACAUUUCUUCACAUCAAACAACUUUUUGCUUCUGGAUA